UAUGAUCCAUCUCUGAUUCUAAUAUUUAGAAAUAGUAAUCAUGGGAGAUGCGGCUGUUUCGGCCCUUGUGACAGAGGUGGUGGGGAGGCUGACGUCUGAACUUAUCAAAGAGUUCAAUCUGCUUUGGGGACUCGAAGAUGAUAUUUCGAGUCUCAAGGAUGAUUUUGAGCAGAUCCAAGCUGUUCUUCAAGACGCAGAAGAGAAACGUGUCAAGAAUAACGCUGUAGAGGUAUGGCUUAAGCGUCUCAGAUCAGCAUCCUUGAAGGUAGAAAAUGUGUUGGACGACAUCUCAACUGAAGCUUUGCUACAACGUCUAUACAAAGAAAGGGGCUUCAAACACAGGGUAAGAGCCUUCUUCUCCUCCGAUCAUAAUCAACUUAUGUUCCGUGUAAGGGUUGCUCACAGAGUUAGAGUCCUAAGAAGAAAACUGGAUGCCGUUGCAUCCCAUAGAUCUAGGUUAGGUUUGUCACAUAGUGAUGUGAGUCGUGUAGAUGUUGGCGUUGUAGUUGAGAUGCCAGAUAGGGAAACUAGCUCUCUUAUACAUGAUUCUUCAGUGAUCUUCGGAAGAGAUGAAGAGAUGGAGAAGGUUACUAGAACAAUAUGUGACAAAGAUUUAGGAAAACAUGAAGAUGGUAAGAUUCGGGUGUAUGGUAUAUGGGGUAUGGGAGGUCUGGGAAAGACUACUCUUGCUCAGUUAGUCUACAACCAUGAAAGGGUGACUAAAUGUUUCGAGUUGAGAUGUUGGGUAUACGUGUCUCAAAACUUCCAAGUUAAAGACACAGUAAAAAGAAUCAUCGAAUCCAUUGAUGGACGUGGGUGUACACUUACAACCCUAGAUACGUUGCAAGAUUCCCUUCGAAGUAAGUUAACGGGAAAGAAAUUUUUAGUUGUACUAGAUGACGUUUGGAUUGAAGAUGGUGAAAAGAGUAAGUGGGACCAAUUAAGUGAAAUAUUAAGUUGUGGGGCUGAAGGAAGUAUGGUUGUGACGACAACACGAUUCCAAACGACUAGUCGAAUGAUGGCCAAGGUUCCCGAGUUACAACAUGAACUCGGAUGCUUAUCUGAAAAGGACUCGUGGUUAUUGUUCAAGAAGUUUGCAUUUGCAAAAGGAAGAGAAUGGGACAACAUAAGUGAGCUAGAGCCUAUCGGAAUGGAGAUAGUUAAGAAAUGUCAAGGACUGCCUUUGGCAGUGAAGACAUUGGGUAGCUUAAUGUGGUCAAAAAGCAGUAGCAAUGAUUGGAAACGUGUGAAAGACAACCACAUAUGGGAGUUGCAAGAAAGUAAGGUCUUGCCUGCGUUGAAGUUAAGUUAUGAUACCUUGCUUCCACAUUUAAAGAGAUGUUUUGCUUAUUGUUGUUUGUUUCCUAAAGGCUAUGAGAUGGAGAAGGAUGUAUUGAUUUCGGUGUGGGCAUCUAACGGUUUAAUUCCACCUAGAGGAGAAAACGACUUGUAUGUGCUUGGGGAAGAAAUUUUAAAUUGUUUGGUUUGGAGGUCCUUCUUCCAGGUUGGCAGAUUCUCUAAUGAGUAUAAAAUGCAUGAUCUGAUGCACGACCUGGCAGAGGAUGUGAUGGGAGAUGAUUGUUUAGUUAUACAACCUGGUAGGGAGGCUAGAAUCACAAAUGAGGUACUUCAUGUGAGCUCGUCAUGUCCGGAUGAAAAGUUCCAAUUUUCGUCUGAGGAUUUAGAAAAGUUAACGUCAUUAAAGUCUAUAUUCAUGUUUGGGUAUAAAUAUCAACGUGACAUUCGCCAGAUUUGCAACCACAUGUAUCAAAGAGUAUUAUACUUGUGUGAGAUAGGGUUAAGUGCGUUACCCGAAUCAAUUUGCAAACUCAAACAUCUGAGAUACUUGAAUUUAUCUGGUUCGCGUAUAGAAGUUUUACCGAAGUCAAUUAUGUAUCUCCAAAACUUGCAGUACUUGAUAUUAUCAUACUCAGAUAUAAAAGUUUUACCAGAGUCGAUUGUUUAUCUCCAAAACUUGCAAGUGUUGAUUUUGUGUGGUUGUUUUGAACUGUGUAAGUUUCCUGAAGGCCUGAGAUACAUGAGUUCUCUUCAACAUUUGGACCUCAAGGACACUUUUAAUCUGAUGCAUUUGCCUUUAGGAGUCCAAGAACUAACUAGUCUCAAAUGGCUUCCAUGGUUUCCUGUUGGUAACGAGAGUGGGGCUAAAAUAGGGGAAUUGGGGGGUCUAAAUCUUCUCAAGAGGCUGGGGAUAACAAAACUUGAGAACGUUGGAGGUUUAAGUGAGGCCAAGAGUGCCAACCUCAAAUGCAAAUCAAAUCUGUCUGUUUUGCGUUUAGAAUGGAAUGAGUUUCAUAUGAAUGAACACGAUGAAGAGGUACUUGAGGGACUAGAACCAAAUCCAUGUCUCACGGAAUUGGUUAUAUCUCGUUACAUGGGAAAGAAUAUUUCUCCAAGUUGGAUGGUCAACUUAAAUAACUUGGUUAGAAUUCAUGUUUCUGGGUGUUUGAACUGUGAGUGUAUUCCAGCACUUGGGAGAUUACCCAGUCUUAGGAGCAUCAAGUUGCAGUUCAUGACGUCUUUAAAGUGUUUCCAUGAUGACAACACAAACAAGUCAGGAGACACCACCACUAUGUUUCCUUCUUUACAAAAUCUGGACAUUGGUUUCUGUCCUUGUUUGGAAACCUUACCAAGUAACCUUCCAAAGCUCAAGGUUUUAAGAUUAAGAAACUGCUAUGAAUUAGUUUCUCUACCGGAUGAGAUUCAAAGUUUCAAAGACCUGAAUGAACUUGUGAUAACGGAUUGUAAACAUCUAUCUGAAAGGUAUGAAAAAGAGAAGGGUGUGGAUUGGCCUAAAAUUUCUCACAUUCCCAAUAUCCGUAUCGAUCCUCCUCCAAGAGGAUGGUGAUAAAGAAGAUGAAGAUAAGAUUGAUGGGAUUAAAGAGACCAACGAAUGAUGGCAAUUGGUGACUUAACUUGAGAAUGGGUAAUUACACACAAUGUGGUAUAAACGCUUGGUACAUUUACUUAAUUAAAUUUGCGGUAUAAACGCUUGGUACAUUUUGAAGCCGGGUAAUUACACACAAUGUGGUUCCUAGUUAUCUUUGUAAUUUUCUUUUGAAGCUUUGCAAUUAAAUAAUGUGUGUGAUUGAAUGUAUCAUUUGAAACACCUUUUUAUUCCAGUUAUAUGUACAGAUCAUGUCA